AUGUCUUUCCACCUUUCCGCCGAGGACAUCCGCAUCGACGACAACCACAUCCUCCGUGCCCGCCUCCGCACCGAGGGUGGCGAGUGGAGGGACGCCGAGAUCGACCUCAACCACCACCUGGGCAACCAGGACGGCACGAUCCACUGGGACGGCCGCGACUUCUCGCACUCUGCCGAGAACGUCACCUUCUCCAUCGAGGGUGGCGGCGAGGUUCCCGUCCUGCGCACCUACCUCCGCUCCAUCCACGGCGAGGAGUUCGCCCGCGAUGUCAACCUCGCCGAGCGCAUCCAGAACCACGAUGGCCAUUUCGUCUACGGUAGGGAAGCCCCUCGCAGCUGGGCAUUGAAGAAGAAGGCUAACGCGUGCCCCGCAGUCUAA